UCUAAGAAAAAUCGUAAAUUUCAGGAAAAAUGUAUCCUAAUAGCUCAAGUAUUACUUGGGGAAAAGCCGAUAAUUGAGUAUCGUCCUCCCUACUUGAAUGGGUUGGAACUUGAUGCCUUCUUCCAAAAAUACCGAAUUGCAUUAGAAGUACAAGGAAAUCAGCAUCGGUUUCAUAGCACUAGCUG